AUGCCUAGUCACGAUGUCUUUCGCUCGCUGCGGCUGCUGUCACGCAGUUCCAGCGGGAUCUUGUCCGGCCCGAUGCAAGUGACCUUACUUACAAGCCGCUCGACUCUACAGCAGCGAUGCCUCACACGAUCAAUGGCAACAGAGGCCAAGCCUACAACACCCCUCGAGACACAAAAUGCCACCGAGGCCCCUCAAGCAGAACGAUUCGGAGGUCAAGCUCCUGUUUCCGUUGUGACCUACCGCUUCCCCGAUAUGAAACCCGAACACAUGAUUCACUACUCCCGGAGACUCCUUCAAAUGCCCAUUCGUCACGAUAUCCUCCACCGCGCCGUUGUCUACGAGGGUGACGGCACUCGGCAAGGUACAGCCAGCACCAAGUGGAGGGACGAUGUGCACGGCAGCCACAGGAAGUUGUACGCACAAAAGGGCUCCGGUCGUGCCCGUGCAGGUGACAAGCAAUCGCCAGUUCGCCGUGGUGGUGGUGUGGCCCACGGACCUCAUCCUCGCGAUUUCUCGACCGAUCUGCCACGAAAGGUCUACGCCCAAGCCUGGCGCACUGCCCUCAGCUACCGACACGCACGCGGCGAAUUGAUCGUUGUGGAAAACUCGAUCACUCUCCCAGAUGAGGCCACUCCCUUCUUCGUUAGGAGGUUCGCCGCAGCCCAUGGCUGGGACCAGAAGAAGGGUCGGGUAACACUCAUUACACGUAAGGCCGAUGAGAGAUUGGCUGAAGCAGCCGAGAAGUUCCCCAAGCACGUCAAGUAUCUCGAACUUUCGGAUGUGGAUGUGAAGGAUAUGUUGGAGACAGGGAGAAUCGUCAUUGAGAAGAGGGCAUUGCACCAACUCCUGCGCAACAACUCUACGGACUUGACCAGUGCGGACAGAGUCUGGUCGCCUUCACUAGACGGACAAAAGAUACUCGGGCUAGGCCAAGCUCGCUUUUGA